GCGUCAGACAGACCGCAAGUGCUGCGUGUCACGGCUGCCACACGCAAGAAAAAUCAAAAGGAAUUGCUACCAAACAAAAGCAACAAUAACAAAAAAAAAAACUAAAAAUGCCAGUAAAUUCAAACAAUUCAUAAUGACUAAGUAAUUAAACGCGCAGCAACAACAAGUCGAAAAUCUAAAAUCGACAGCAUAUAAAAAAGACUGCAAAAAAGUACAUAAAAUCAAUGAAUACCAAUCAAUAAAUCGUAGCCAAUAAAUAAAAGUGCAAAGCAGCAAAAUAAAUACUGCUACAUACUAAAAUAACAACAACAACAACGACGAAUGAAAUAUGCUUGUAUCGAUGCCCAAAAAGUAGUGAAAAAUCACUUGCUAAGCGAAUGUAGCUAAAAGCAGAUUGCAACUGUAGAUAUAUCAAUAAAAAGGCGUCGCAGCAAUAACAACAAUAAGCGCUAACAAUACUAAAGCAACUGCUGAAAAAAGGCAGCCUUAGAAGCUGCAAAGUGUAUUGGGUCGCGAGCUUAUCUCUCAAUAAGCAAAAUAAAGUGCAAAAAACAAAGAAAACACACACAUAAAUUGCCCAAAGACACAAGAAACAACAAAACAGUGAAUUUGACGUGUGUGGAAGCAGAGCUUGCGGGAAGGUGCCACUUUGCAAUUGCACCUUUGGCCGCCGUUGAAGCACCAACAGCAGCAGUGGUAGCAGACGCCGCCGCGCCCUUUUAAGAGGCGCUUGGGAUCAGCAGCUACGCAGCGCGAACGCAGUCAAAACGGCGACCAUAACGAAUUCCUCGGCGUUAGCGAUGAGCCAACUGGGCACCGUCUACGCGACAAAGCGUAGGCGACGCAAUGGCAAAAGUUUAAAGCCACCGCCCAAGGAUGGCGUCACAAAAAGUAAUCCAUCGAAACGCCAUCGCGAACGUCUCAACGCCGAAUUGGAUUUGCUGGCCUCGCUGCUGCCAUUCGAACAGAAUAUUCUCAGCAAAUUGGAUCGACUGAGCAUUUUAAGGCUGUCUGUUAGUUAUUUAAGAACAAAAAGUUACUUUCAAGUUGUUAUGCAUAAGGAUAAAGAGGAGAAUGGCAUGUUGCCACACAUACACACACACGCACAUGAUGGCUAUCGAACGCGCGAAUUGGGCGCCUUUGAGCAUGGCCUACUCGACGGUGAUAUGUUCCUGCAGGCCUUAAAUGGAUUUCUAAUGAUUCUGACAUGCGAAGGCGAGGUCUUCUUUGCCACGCACAGCAUCGAGAGCUAUUUGGGUUUUCAUCAGUCAGACAUCGUGCAUCAGUCCGUCUACGAGCUAGUCCAUUCAGAGGAUCGUGAGGAGCUGCAGCGACAACUGUUAUGGAACUCAUUUCUUCCCGCCGACAUGUCUACCAUACAACUGGCCGACACAUUGGCGCCCGACAAGGCGCUCUACUUGGAGCGUAGCUUCACCGUGCGUUUUCGCUGCCUGCUCGAUAAUACUUCCGGCUUCCUGCGACUGGACAUACGUGGACGCAUCAAGAUACUGCAUGGCCAAAAUCGCAAAACCGAAGAGCCACCACUGGCGUUAUUCGCCUAUUGCACACCCUUCGGACCGCCCAGUCUGCUAGAGAUACCGCACAAGGAGAAUAUGUUCAAGUCGAAGCAUAAGUUGGACUUCUCACUUGUCUCCAUGGAUCAGCGUGGCAAACAUGUUUUGGGUUACUCCGAUGCGGAACUAGUCAAUAUGGGCGGCUAUGAUUUGGUGCACUACGACGACUUGGCCUACGUGGCCAGUGCGCAUCAGGAAUUACUAAAAACUGGUGCUUCGGGUAUGAUCGCUUAUCGGUAUCAGAAGAAGAAUGGCGAAUGGCAGUGGCUGCAGACGAGCUCGCGAUUGGUAUACAAAAACUCCAAACCGGACUUUGUGAUCUGCACACAUCGCCAGCUGAUGGAUGAGGAGGGGCACGACCUGCUUGGCAAGCGUACAAUGGACUUUAAAGUGAGCUACUUAGACACCGGUCUCGCGUCCACUUAUUUCUCGGAGGCCGAUCAGUUGGUGGUGCCACCAAGCACCUCACCGAAUGCGCUGCCACCACCAGUGACACCGACGCGGCCAAAUCGACGCUAUAAAACGCAAUUGCGUGACUUCCUAUCCACUUGUCGCACCAAACGUAAGAUGCAACAACAACAACCGCAACAGACGUCUUCACUGGGACAGGUCACCUCACCCGCGCCGGUGGUUGAGUAUCUGCCAGAUCCCGCUGUGGCUGUCGCCGCCGCCUAUUCAAAUCUCAAUCCCAUGUAUACCACCUCGCCCUAUGCAACCGCUGCGGAUAACAUCUACAUGGGCACCUCAGUGCAUUCGACCAAUUUCUAUCCGGUGACCGAGAAUCUCUUCCAUCAAUAUCGGCUGCAGGGCGUUAGCAGCUACUACACGGACUAUCAUCACACGGGUGCGCCUGCUUCUGCCUAUGUGAACGGUUUUCUGCCCUAUGAUGGCUAUACGAUUGCGCCCAAAGAUGACAAGUGGCAGGAAACGGGGAAAUACUAUAGCGGUUAUAGUAGCGGGUAUGGCAGUCCCACAUCGACGCCACAGCAAGUUCCGCUGAAGACGCCGAAAUCCUCGCCGCACAUCAUGGAGGUAGUGUCGUGCUCAUCGGACGGACCGUCGCCGAUAGAUGGGAGCGCUGCCGCCGCCGCUGCUGCUGCUGCUGCGCAUGCGGCCAGAGUGGGCAGCAACACAAAUAUAACGGUGAAUGGCGGCAGCGGUAGCGGUGGCAGCGCUACGCCAAAACUGGAACUGAGCGCGACGCAGCACGAUCCAUAUGAGCGACAAACUGUGCUGAUGUGGGGAUCACAAUCGAGCGGCAUUCCCAUUAAUAGCAUUGGCGGCGGCAGCAGUAGACGUCAUCACAGCAAUGCUGAACGUUCGCCGCAAGCUACCCCACUGACCAAUGGACUUAGUUACGCUAACAAUAACAACAAUAAUGAAAAUGAAGUGGUGAGCGCCAAAUGGAAUGGCAGCGCCACCGUGAAGGAUGUCAAGAACGCUGCCACACCGGACAGUUAUCAGCUGCAGCACGACGAUUCGGGGCUGUAUUCCUCUUCCUCCCACACCACCUCACCUCAACAGCAGCAACAACAACAGGUAGCGCCCGCAACGCAACAGCAAUUGACGCAACGCUCCAGCGGCAAUUCGGUGGCUGACCAACAACUCUCCAAUACCACUGCCACACAUUUGACACACCCACAUACGCAACAGCAGCAGCAGCACUUGCACGCACACAUGCAACAUGCAAGCGCCAGUGAUAUGAGCACCCCUACCACUGCUUCCGCCAACAAUCUGCCAUUGCACUCAACGCGCUUAGCGCCGUCAGACAUCGGCGCGACACCAACAACAGCAGCCGCAGUAGCAGCGGCGGCGGCAGCUGCCUCAGCUGCACAUCAACAUGCACAGUCACAGCACGCAGCGGCGGCGGCAGCACAUCACCACGCUCAUCACCAUUCUCACGCACACGCGCACGCGCAUUCCCAUGCACAUGUGGCGCACGCGCAUGCGCACACUCAUCCCCAUCACCAUGCUCAUCAUCAUGCGCACGCGCAUGCCCACGCUGCUCAUGUAGCGGCGAACGGUAGCGAGGUAUUGCUCAACAAUCACCAACAACAACAACAGCAGCAAUUGGAACAAUUGGAACUGCAACAACUGAGCUACACCAACCAUUUACAAACACUACCCGGUUGCAAUUCCACAGCUUCGUCCAGCUCAUCCCCGACGUGCCACUCCCCCAGCGCCGGCAGCGCUGCAACAGCGUUAACUAACUCUGCCGCCGCCAACGGUCACAUUGCGCUCCUGAAUGGCGGCGGCAGCAAUGGCAGCGACACAGAUAUACCAAGCUCGAGCUCAGCUGCAACCGCUACAGUGUCCUCUGCCGCCGCCGCCGCCGCUGCUGCUGCUGCUGCUGCCUACCAUCACCAUCACCAGUUGACAAUCAUAGCGCCGAUAGUUAUUACACCAGCAUCGAUGAUGAAUGGCGAUGGCGCGCUGCCGCUGAGCACCGCCCUGCAGCCCAUACAUGCCAGCGAAGCUAUCACAACAACGGCAGCAGCAACAGCAUUAAAUGGGCUGGACCACAAUCUAACGCAGCGCGCUGUCACCUCGUCCCAACAUCACGCCGCUCAUCUGCUGUCGCACAGCGCACUGGCCUACACGCCCAACGCUGCGACAGCGACGUACUUGAUCAGCGGCAGCGGCGGUGGCAACACUCAAAGCAGCAUUAUCAGCAACGGCAUUAGUGAUCACAUUAUGGCCAACGGCAAUCCGCUGUGCUCCUUCUCGGAGGUGACCAACACGUUGCUGAAUCAGUAGGCGGUUUGUCUGCGUGUUUGACCUAGUAAUGUUGAGGUUGAAGAAAGGUAAUUGGUGAAUUGUUGAGGUUAAUGCAUAUUAUAGCAAGGGUACAGUGUUGUGCAAAGCUUAAUAUAUACUAAAACUAUCAAACUUUAUAGAAAUUGUCUGCACUAAAGAAGUUUUAUAAAGAAGAAUAAUUAUAUUUGAGUUAUAACAAUUAAAAUAGAGUACAUUCAGCAUAUACCAUACAUAUGUAGUAACAGUAAUCUUAAAACUCUUUUAAUUAUAUGUGUACUUGACUCUUCAAGCCUCCAAAAAAAUCUUUUUGUUUUUUUUUUUUGAUUUCCUAUGUUGUCCCAUAUAUUUUUUUUACAAACUACACUUUAAUUUCAACCUAACCUACAAAUUUGUUUGUUAGAUGCCGUUUUUCUAUCACAAAAACUUGUUUAAAAGCCUUUUUGCUAUAAAAUAAAUUUUAAUUGCAAUUUUGAAACAAAAAAAAAAUUAAACAAAUUUUAAAAAUCCAGAAUUUCUUAUUUUCCAAUUUAACUCAUAACUCCAUAUGUCAGAGCUAAAAUUCGGAAGCAGUUUUACAAAUAAAUGCAUAGAUGAUAUAACAAAACUAUAACUUCUCCCUCAAUUUCGCACCAUUUCUCUAAAAAUAUAAUUUUCCCAAACUAAAAUUACGCAAAAUGUAUAAAAUAUAAAUCCAAGUGUAGGAAAAAUAAAUAUAUAGCGGCAGAUUCAACCACCAACCGAGUUAAGAAUACAUAAAUAAAUGCAUUGGAAUUAUAAAAAAGUGAAAUAAAACCGUUUGCCAAAGUAUAUACUAUCUAAAUCUUCCACCAACAUAUUAUGGCACAAUAAAAUUUAUGUAUGCAUUGUAAUAAGCGACAGAGGAAACAAAAAUAAUUUUUGACUGCAUUCCACCAUAUUUUAACAAAAGACUUAAGACACGUACUUCCUGAGUCUCAUAAAAUUUUCGGGUAAAUCGGUAUAGUAGAACCUGAAAAAGCAUGGAUAUCGUUUUGAAAAAGACUGUUUCGAGAAAAUGCGUUUAAAGUUUCAGUUCCGGUUAAACCAGUUUGGAUGCCGGGUCAGCAAAAUACCUAUAUUUUGGAAAAUAAUUUGAAUUUUGAAAAAUACCCUUGUUACCUCCAAAAAUUAUUAGAAUUUUGAAAAAUCUUUUUGCAGACAAAUUAUUGAAUAGUUAAAUUUUGAAAAUAGGAAAGCGUUUUUUUUUCAUUUCUGGACUAGCAGUACCCCCUUGGUGUUUUCUUUAUCAAAUAAAAAAUAUUUUGAAAAAUUCUUUAGUAGACUUAUGCCUGAACAGUUAAAUUUUGAAAAUGUAAAAAAAUAAAGUAUUUUUUUCUCAACAAGAAUAUGCCCUAAAUUCGUUUUUUCUUUAACAACAAAAUACACACAGUACAUACAUAUGUAUGUGUAUGAUGGUUUCAGCAAAAAGUUCGUGUCUUAAGACUUCACUUCAUAUGAGAUUUACUUUGCAGAUACUAGCUGAAAACAGACAAAAGAAAAUUUAUUUGAAAUUUAUUUAUUAAAAAAUAGCAAAAUAAAAUAUUAAGGAAAAUUAAAUAUCGAAAUAUGCAUAUCUAUAAGCCGAACAUGUUUCAUAUUUAGUUCACUUUUAAAAAUACAAAAAAUAGACAAAAUAGAAAAAAAUUCCAAAACUAUAUACACACAUAUUUGCUUCACAAUUAAAGUACUUCCUUAAAACAAAAAAAAACUAAACAAAUAAUUAAAAAAACAUAAAAUUGUAAAAAAGUCUUUAAAUUUUUCAAUUAUUCAAGCCAGCAGCAACAGAAAAUUUAAAAAAUGUAUGUAUAAUGUACAUAUAUAUUUCAUUAACAAGAAAAACAACAACAAUAACGCUAUAACAACAAUUACAGCCCAUAAACGUUUCUUCAAAAGAAAAACUAUUGAAAACUUAUUUUAUUAUAUAAAAAAUAAGAAAAAUUUUGUAAGACAUUUUUAAUAACAUUUUUUUUAUAACACUGCAACAUUUUCCUUUACAUUUCUUAAAAAUGUACUUUAUCUUGAUUACAUAAAAUUUGAUAUUUAAUUUAACAAUAUACAAAAAUUCCACAAUGUACACCUUUACAUUGCUUAAAAAUACAAUAUUAGAAAACAAGAACUUAGAGUGACCAAGACGAAACCAGUAGUUGUAAAUACAACCAAAGAACUAAGCUUAAAUAUGAGUUUAAAAUAUGUAGACAAACAUACAUAUGCAUGUAAAAACCUAUGAAAAAAAUGCACGCGUUGACUUUUUCAAAAAAAAUAUUAUUAUUAAUUUUUAAAUUGACUUUUUCAAAAAAAAAAUAUUAUUAAAUUUCAAAUUCACAAAAAUCUUUUACAAAAAUAAAUAUUUGAAAAAAAGGCAUAAACAGUAAAAAUAAAUAAAUAAAAAAAAAAUUUUAAUAUUUUGAAAACAAAGCGCCAAUUUUCUAUUUGAAUACUAAACAUUUACUAACCUAAGCAUUGAAAAAAGAAACUUUUGUAAAACUUGAAAAUACAAGGCGUCGCAAUUUAUGAGACGGAAUUAUGUAAUGCAAUUAUAAAUUUUAUGCACAUAAACACUAUGAACAUAUAUAAAUACACGAUAUUAAGCAUGCGAUAUGUACAUGCUAACACACACACACCUACAUACUUGUGUAUACAAAUAUAUUUAAAUAUAAAAAACAAAAAAUAAUUAAAUUAGCAAACAAAAACCAGAUACGACUUUGAAAGAUAAUGUAUACUAGCAGAAACAAUACUAAAUUAAAUUAAUCUAAAUUAAAACUAGCAAUUUACUAACUUAACUAUAUUAUUAAUUAAAUACAAUAAAUACAUAUGUACAAUGUAAUAUAAACUUUGGUAUGUAAAGAGUACAGUUUCCUAUUGCUUUAGCGCUAGUUAUUAAUAGUUGUUUAGCAAAACACAUUAAUUUUAAAUAAUUAAUAUUAUAUAAAAAAUUUAAUUAAAAAAAAAAUAAUUAAAUAAAAAAAUUAUUAUAUAAAAAAAAUAGUAUAUGAAAAAAUUAAAUACAAAAUAUCAAUAGUAAAUAAAAAACGGAUUUUAUUCGCAUAUCUAGUCGCUAACAAUUACAACAGAUAAUUAAAAAUGUAUAUAUAUUAAAUUAAAUUUAAAAGAAUAUCGUGUUUACAACCAAACGCCAAUAACAAAAAAUUUAGUAGCAGAAAAAAAUUGUAAUAAAAAUAUUUUCGCAAAUUCCUGCACUUUCAUUGUAAAUAGCAUGAACCUGUGCAUAUAUUAACUAUACAUAUAUACACAAAUUGUAUAUAAGUGCAUAUACAUAUGUAUAACUGUAAGCUAAUUACUGGCUACAAAAACUACAAAUUAUAGCAAUAAAAUAAGCAAACAAAAGUUAUAGCAAUUCUCUAGCCCUAACCAGUGACCAAAAUUAAUUUAAUAAAACAACAAAAAUAUUAUGUGGCAAAAAGCACAUAUUUAAUUU